AUGCAGCGCUCCACGUGCGCCUCCCUUGUGGUCGCCGCGCUCGCUCUGCGCGGCGCUGUGGGCUACCCGGUCUACACCACGGGGUCCUCCCUGGACACCUGUGACGGCAUCUCGUGUGCGGCCGUGGACUGCGUCGCACCCUUCAAGUACGUGGCGCCUGACAAGGCGGGCACGUGCUGCCCGCUCUGCCUCGCGGACGAGAAGGACGUCCCGGCGGACCGCUCCUGGGCCAAGGGGCUGUCUGGUGGUGUCGGCAUGGACAACAACGCCGACCCAGUGUUGUGCCGCGACGUGGUCUGCCCACCUCUGCAUUGCCCAGAGUACGACCAGAUGUUCGACGGCCGCUGCUGUACGAAAUGCAAGACCGCCACCGUGGUCACGCCAGCGGACCUGUCCUCUGGGUACGACCGGGCCUUAGCGUUUGGCCAUCGAGGGCAGGGCUGCCGCGGCAGGGGCACUGGCGCUGGCCGCGCCCGCCAGAGCACCACCACGCACGCAGGGCAGGUCCUGAGCCCCACGUCCUCGGGCUCGUGCGUGAGCCCGUCGCACUUCGAGGUGCCUCCAGCAGUCCGGCAGCCCAGUGACAGCGCCCGCGGGUGCACCGACGCCGCGGCCCGGCUGCUGCCACGGCCCCCGCUGCCGCUGCUGGCCGCGCCGGCAAGCUCAGGGUGGAACCGUUCCGCGUCUGAGUGCCCUCCGCCUCCUCCCGUCCUCCGCGGCCGCCCUAUUUGUUUUAUCCCUCCCCUCCUGCACGCCGGCCAAUUCGUGCAGAAGAAUUUGAUGCUUGCUGCAUUUCCAUUGCUUCCCACCGAAGUUGCAGCGGCUUUGUGUUCCGCUCCAGUGCCUUCGGUGGGGCGCGCAACGUGGAAUUCGUUGCGUCGCAUGUGCGAGUAGCCACAACAUAGUUGGCGCCACGAUUUACUCAAGUUAUUGUAUGUCCUUGUUCAGCGCAAGAGCCUGUCGGUGUCAUGAGAACACCGUUGCUCGCUAUGCAUCAUUGUUUUCAUGCCCGCGCAUGUCGGUCGCGUAGCAUGUAUUUUUGCUCGGCACGCGUCCAGCUCAGGAUCAAGCAGCACGGAGGGCUUGAGCGCCCCGUGCUCACGACUCGCAGUGCUGCUGCCCCGUAGGAAUAAACGGAUCUGGCCAUCAGGGCUUUCGUUUGUAUGGCGUGUAGUCAUGGUGCCGCGCAGUGGUCAAUUCGUGCAAUGCCAAAGCGCAUCUCCGUAUUUGGGCUGGUGUUGCAUAUCAGCCCAACGGAUUCUGGCGGUGCCUGCGUUCUUUGUCCGGUCGCCUAGCAGCAGAUCGCCGCAACGGGUACACAGGGUUGUCGUUCCUUCAGGUGUUGACUUCGGAGGAAGACAUGGACCUCUAGGGCACGGACAUUGAUAGGCCAGUCGCUCGCAAUGGGCGGCGCCUGCACCUUGUCCGUGGCUGGGUGUGCGUGUGACCGCCCGGCCUCGUGGGAGCCGUGCCGCUGCAGCCGGCAGCGCGGCCCGCGCGCCUGCCGCGGCCGGCCGGGGCACUGCGCGUGGCGCGUGGCCGGCGCCGCAGUCUCCUCCCGCCCCUCGCAGGACGUCCAGGGAGCCCCGCCGGGAGCGCAGAGGAGGUUCAUGUAGGUGCGUUCUGGAGCAACGAGCCCUCCCACCAUGGCGGCUCACCUUUGCAUACGCGUGCCGUAGUUGUAACCCUCAACGGUCGCCCUGGCUUCCACUCCCGACGCUCUCUGUUGUCUGCUUUUCUGCAGAAGAGAAGAGUCUCUGCGCAUUCGAGUAGACUGCCUUUUCGUACUAACUUGAGGCACCGACACCGAGCACAGUUGCGGAUGGCCUCAAGACCGCACGACGGGACGGCGUCAGCCCUUCGUGCGGUCGUCUUUUGCGGACGUCGUUGCGGCAGCUGCAGUGCACAUCAAGCUUCGCAAGUGCUUCCGUGCCUCUUUUCACCCGACGAGGAGGUGCGCACCUCGUGGCAUGGGCGCGCCACGUGGCGAGACGUCUGCUCGCGAGGAGGCCUGUUUCGCGCACGUGCAGGCACGCGGAGUGGCACCACUUACAGGGUGGCUCUUGAACUGCACGAGCAUUUGCGUCCAGUUUCCCAGCUCGCUGCUGUACCAGCAGACGGGCACCGCCAUCUUCCUGGCACCCCGUCGAUCCUGCGCCGAAUCUGCUGAGCAGUCCCUUUGUGGACAUGUGUGCGUGUGUACAGUCUGCAUGGCGUGAAAAGGUACCGUGCCAGAGUUCAGCAGCGGCUAUGGUAGCUCACAACCUAGGGCCAUGUUUCGUCCUUGUGCCGUGCUGCUCUGCACAGCGCUAGCAUUGACCUCUUGUGCCCUCAUGGAGGUGAGCUCGCGCUGCGGUCGAGGACAUA